AUGUCGACCAGGAGGCAGCCUCUCUCCACCAUCUCCAAUGUCGCUAAUUCCCCAUAUCGAGCGGUAGCUUCCACCACAACUAAACAAAAACGAUCAUACGCCAACAUACAACGCGAAGAUGCAUACGGGCAACCACCCCCGGCGAAAAAGCAGAUGCUAGAUGCACAUCAUCAAACUUUAAGAACACCUCCACGCCAGAGUAUUAGCCAAGUAUCGGGUGAAGGAAGGAUUUUUACUCGAAGAUCAACUCAGCCAUCCAAUUUUGAACGAAAGUGUGUGGCAGCUAGAGGAGAUAGAGGAGCUCAACAACAGCAGAUUACAAAGGCGGACAAGGUACCAGAGGAGAAUUUGGAAUCGAUACGCCAAUGGCAAAAGCAUUAUAGGAAGAGUUUUCCCAAAUUCGUCUUCUACUUUGAGAGUAUACCAGAAGAUGCCCGACUUAAAUAUACUAAACAAGUCCUCGCCCUAGGUGCACGCGACGAAAAAUUCUUCUCGAAUGAGGUCACUCAUGUCGUCACCACUCGAUCAAUUCCACCGGAGACCCCAUUUACUUCUUCAACUACCGCCGAGUUACAUUCGCAACACGGCACUAUUAACCCAUCUUUGCUAGACAGAUCAUCCGAGACUGCAGAUUCAAGGGAAUCUCGAUCAAAGUUUACAUUUGAAGCUCCAGGCGGUAGAAGACUUAAUACACAAGGACAUGAUGGAGACACAAGACGACAACAAGUCCGUAGCUCGGAUGUACUAUACAAGGCGCGAGAAUUGGGGAUGAAGAUAUGGGCAUUGGAGAAGUUGCAACGAAUGAUGACAACUAUGUUUGACACGGACACUGGUUACCAAACAGCACAUAAUCACAACACAAGGAGUCAUUCCGUUCAGGGUGGGACGAUUAGCAGAGGCCGAGAAGCUGACCUAUCCCAAUUAUUGAGGAAUGAACGAAUUUAUGGACCAUCCGAUCGAGACCUCAGCGUCGCUACAAAAGAAAUGACUAUAUUCAGAGGGCCUUAUAUCUACAUUCACGAUAUCGAUGAAAAGCAAAAGCCAAUUAUGGUUCGAGAAUAUAACAAAGUUGCCCGCAAAGAAGAGGGGGAUUGGCCUCAAUUCCGUAGUGUUGCAAAUGGCAAGUGUCCAUUUGUGGAGGAAGUAGAGUACAGUCGCCGUGAGGUGGAGAAAGAAAAGGAAUUGAUCCGUAUCCAAAGGCAAAAGGAAAAGGAGAGAGCUGCAGUUCCAAGGACAAGAGCUGCUGCUGCGGUAGAAGCAGCUCAAAUGCAACCACCAAAGGCAAUCAGCAAACGAGCACUAUCUCAACUUGAUGAUGGAGGAAAUAGAAGCGUUACCGUCUCGACAAAUCAAGCUAACCCAUUUGACACUGAUAGAAGUAAUCGUACAGAACUUGAGUCUUCUUCUCGAGGUCAAAACGCGUUCGUCAGUCGUGCUGGCGUUGGUAGAUUGUUUGGAGGUGAGCCUGUUGCGUCGGGAGUUCAACCAUCGAACAUUACUUCUGCUAUUCGCUCUCAAAUGAUUUCUUCAACUGCAGCUCAACCUGGACUCAAAGCUGGAACAAGCAAAGAGAUACAUGGUUUGCAGAGAAAGGUUCUUGAGAAGACGAAUGGUGGAACUGGAUCCCAUCGUUUGACUGACAUCACUGCCGCUGUAAGAGAAGAUACAGCUACUCGCCCUGCGAAGCGUGAGGCACAAAAGAAACUUGGUGUAAUCGAAGAAGAUGAUGUUCCUACAGAAAAAGAAGAAGCGGCAAGAAAGAUGGAAGCUUCUCGCAAAGCAAAAGCUGUUCAGCAAAGAAAGCUUGAGAAGCGUGAUCCAAAGCCCGGAUACUGUGAAAAUUGCGCCGAUAAAUUUGAAGACUUUGAUGAGCAUGUCGUCUCACGCAAACAUCGUAAAUUCGCGGAGAAGCUCGAGAAUUGGAAAGAACUCGACGCCUUGUUAAAUCAACUGGUUCGACCUCUUUUAUAA